AUGGUAUGCCCACCGCAAUCGCUGUCUCACGAGGAGAAGAUGCUGACUAUCGCAGCCUACCCGGUUUUCCAAGACAAGAAAGCACCGCGGCCAUACUUCCACCUUCUCCGCAACCACGAGUGGGCUCCUACCAUCAACAUCGAGAAGCUCUGGUCUCUCGUCCCCCUUGAGACCCGCGACAAGUACGUCAGCGGCGCCAAGACCGACUCUGCCCCCGUCAUCGAUCUCCUCGCCAACGGCUACGCCAAGCUCCUCGGCAAGGGCCGUCUCCCCGAGAUCCCCGUCGUUGUCCGUGCCCGGUACGUCAGCGCCGAGGCUGAGCGCAAGAUUGUUGAGGCUGGUGGUGUUAUCGAGCUCGUCGCUUAA